AUGGACUUUGGACCGAAAUACAACCCUAACCCCGGUGAGAUAGUAUCACGACACUCGAGCACAAUCUGGCGAGACGUACGCGAGAGCAUUAUGGCUGCGACCGACCGCAUCGCAACCCCGAUUGAGCUGGAUCCUGUCCUACUCCAAUCUGGACCUGGACAGGAACAGGAUGCCGACGACGCGGGGCUUUGCGAGCGAUGCAGGCACUUCGACAUCCAGGCUUUCGCGCGGAGUGACAAUCGCACCCGCGGCUACAUGCUCCGCGACGUCGAGUUCGCUGCUACUCAUGCUGGCGAUGACGGUGUUACUGUUGGCUGUGCAUUCUGCUCGCUGCUGCUGAGCAGCGUGAAGGACGUCGAAAGACCAAAGGACUCGACCGAAUGGGAACUGAACGUGUUUCGCUUCCCGAUCGACAACGACCCGAGCAUGUACGUGCACAUGACGGUACACAAUACAGAGCCGACAACCCGAUCCCCUACCCCUGGCUUGAGGGCCAACCGGCUUCGGGCCGCCAUCGCGGACCGGUUCAGCGAGGUGAUGAACGUAUCCGGAUACGAGCUAUGCCUCGUUGCCGACUCGGAAAGCCCAGCAGCACGGCGCAAUGAUAUCACGGGACGCUACCUGGGGAGUGACCCCGGCUCGGACGCCCAUUUUGACACAAUACAAGCCUGGAUCCGCGACUGCGAGAGCCAUCCCAGGUGCAAGCAAACGGUGUCGGGCCGGGCCAUUGAUGCUUACCAGGCGGAGCUUCCAGCGAGGUGCAUCGAGCUUUCGGCCCGCGGUUCCGACAUUGUCGCCCGAGUUAUUUCUACCGAAGGCAUGCGCGGCAGCUACAUCACGCUGACGCAUCGCUGGAAUCUGGAAACAGAGCGCUGCAAGACAACUGCAGCAAACUGCGACCAGAGACAGCGGGGCCUCGAUCUUCGACACCUCCCUAGGCUUUUUACUGACGUCUUUGCCAUUGCAGCGAGGCUGGGCGUUGGCUACAUCUGGAUUGACUCCCUCUGUAUUAUCCAGGAUGGUGAUGGCGGUGCCGAUUGGAAGAAAGAGGCACCGAGGAUGGCGCAAUACUAUCAACACUCACUCUUCACCGUGGCCGGGACCAUGGAAGAUAUGGAUAACGGCCUGCUCCAGCCCUACUCAGAAGACGACUCACCCUGGGGCCAUGGCAUGCUUGUCCGGCUGCCAUACAGGGACCGGACCAGCGAACAGGCCGGCCACUUUUUUGUCUACCGACGCCAGGUGCCCGUUGUAAAUGAUUACUGGGCAACCGUCCGGGAGAGCAUACUCUUUCGUCGCGGCUGGAUUCUGCAGGAAUGGUUGUUAAGCAAGCGCCUCCUCUGGUACACGCCUAAGGGGCUGUUUUUUGAAUGCUACACGGAUGGCCCGCGGACCGAAUACCAGGAGAGGGUCCUGGUCGAGAAUGCACAGUCGGACCUUCGGGCCCAGCUGCAGCUGAAGGGAUCUUUUGCCCCUGACAACAUUGGUAUCCUGGACUUUUGGUAUCGCACCAUCGAGCUAUACUCGUCCUGCAACCUCACCAAGCCGGACAAGGACCGUAUCCUGGCCGUUGCUGGUCUGUCCAAGGAAGUCGGCCCAAUUCUAGCAGACCGGAUGCGGGAAACCGCAGUGGACGGAGUCCAUCAUGAGACGUACCUGGCCGGCCUGUGGCUUCGGGAUCUUCAUCAUGGGCUUCUCUGGGAGGAAGAUCACUCGGCGCUACCAUGGACAAUCGCUGUUGAUGAAGCUCCGACUUGGUCCUGGGCGUCGCUGAUGAUGCUAGUCAGAUGGCCAGACAAGGACAACGAAGCCCAGAAGGCGCUGCAGGUAAUAGGACUCUGCCAGACACGCCAGGAUGGGGUCCAUCACCGGCCCGAGUAUACCAUCGAGAGGGGGCGCUGGGCGGUUCAGCGGCCGCACGGUCACACCGCAGCGCGAAGAGCCCCGUUUGAUCCAACCAAUAUGUUCGCCUGCCUUCACAUCCGGGGAAGGCUUUCCACGGUCCAUGUUCGCGGGUAUCUAGGGACGGAGGGGAAUACACGGGCUGCUACCGCCACGGCCUAUAGUACUCGCCCCCCGUCUGACCAGUGGAGGGCUCUAUGUUCCCCGACUCGGCCGGAGGUGAUUGCCGGAUGGGCAUCUGCCGAACGUCUGCGCACAAACGAAGGAGACGCGAUCUGCGCCGAUGCCGGGACGGCUGUUCAAGUGCUCCAUGUGUCGACGAGGUUUGUACGGAGCGGGUUUCUGCUCAAGAGGAAAGACCGCGUGCUGGACGUACUCCUCGUCGAGGAAAUCGAUGCGACGAACUACGUGUUCCGGCGUCUAGGCGUCGGCAGGAUCUUCGACAGGGAUUUGAUCACCGAGUUGGAAAAAGCGAAAGAGUGCGUCAUUCAGUUUGUCUAG